GCUUACACCAUGAGUCUCUGCCUUUGCCCAAACCGCGCGGCCCUGCUACCAGGUGGCCUCCUGUACCUCCUGCUGCUGCUAAUGCUGCUUGCGGACCCGGGGCUCCCGGCCCGACAUCGUCCACCGGUGGUGCUGGUGCCUGGUGAUUUGGGUAACCAGCUGGAGGCGAAACUGGACAAGCCAGCAGUCGUGCACUACCUCUGCUUCAAGAAGACAGACAGCUACUUCACGCUCUGGCUGAACCUCGAGUUGCUGCUGCCUGUCUUUAUUGACUGCUGGAUCGACAAUAUCAGGCUGAUUUACAAUGAGACGUCAAGGACCACCCGGUUCCCUGAUGGUGUGGAUGUGCGUGUCCCUGGCUUUGGGCAGACCUUCUCACUGGAGUUCCUGGACCCCCACAGAAUCACUGUGGGUUCCUAUUUCCAUACCAUAGUAGAGAGCCUUGUGGGCUGGGGUUACACACGGGGUGAGGACGUCCGGGGAGCCCCCUAUGACUGGCGUCGAGCUCCAAAUGAAAAUGGGCCCUACUUCGAGGCCCUUCGCAAGAUGAUCGAAGAGAUGUCCCAGCUGUACGGAGGCCGUGUGGUGCUGGUUGCCCACAGCAUGGGCAACAUGUACAUGCUCUACUUUCUGCAGCAGCAGCCACAGGCCUGGAAGGACAAGUAUGUCCGUGCCUUUGUGUCACUGGGUGCGCCCUGGGGGGGCGUGGCCAAGACCCUGCGUGUCUUGGCCUCAGGAGACAACAACCGGAUCCCAGUGAUUAAGUCGCUAAGGAUCAGGGAGCAGCAGCGGUCUGCUGUCUCCACCAGCUGGCUGUUGCCUUACAAUUAUAGCUGGUCACCUGAGAAGGUGUUUGUACGCACACCCACCACCAACUACACUCUACAGGACUAUCACCAGUUCUUCCAGGACAUUGGCUUUGAGGAUGGCUGGCUCAUGCGGCAGGACACGGAGGGGCUGGUUGAUGCCACAGUGCCACCUGGUGUCCAAAUGCACUGCCUCUAUGGCACUGGGGUCUCCACACCAGACUCCUUCUACUAUGAGAGCUUCUCUGACCAUGACCCUAAAAUCUCCUUUGGUGAUGGUGAUGGCACUGUGAACCUGCAGAGUGUGCUGCAGUGCCAGGCCUGGCGUGGCCGCCAGAAGCAGCAAGUGUCGCUGCUGGAGCUGCCAGGGAGCGAGCACAUUGAGAUGCUGAGCAACACCGCCACCUUGGCCUAUCUGAAGCGCCUGCUCCUUGGGCCCUGAUUCCUGUGCCAGCAAGGCUGUUGGGUGACUUGGCCAUAGCCUCUUCUCUUGACCUCUGGGGCUAU